AUGCGGUCUACUUUCUUUACGUUGGCUACGGCCUUCACCUUGACUAGUCUCAGUGUUGCUCUUCCUGCAGAGCAUGAUGCUGGGUAUUACAACUUCCUUUCGAGACGAGCUGUUAGUCCUGAUAACACCUGCGGAGUGGUGAUGGGCCAAACAGCUGGGUACAGCUGUGAUGCCAGCGCUAACGAGGGAGGAUGUUGCUCUCAAUAUGGGUACUGUGGAAACUCCAGCACAUAUUGUGGCGAUGGCUGCCAAUCUGCUUACGGUAUAUGCGACGCUCCUGCGCCAGUCCUACCAGAUGAUGACUUCACAUGUGGCCCUCUCAAUUCAAACAAAAUAUGCUCUGGAUCACUUUGCUGCUCUCAAGCUGGGUAUUGCGGCAAUACAACCGACUACUGUGACACGGGGUGCCAGUCCGACUUUGGUAGCUGCACUACUGGUGCAGAUGCACCUGAGAACUCGGAGACAUGUGGCCCAAAUUUUGGCAAUGCUGUAUGCAACAACAACCAAUGUUGCAGUAUCUCUGGUUACUGCGGAACAACAGAAGAAUAUUGCCAGGAUCCCGGAUACUGCCUUCCCGGCUUUGGACGAUGUGACUCAGAUCUGACGCCUGCAGGGCCAUCAACUGAGAACGCCCUUCGGCCAGUAAAGGGCUCUGUCAGUUACACAGACGAUAUCUAUGAUUGUGUUAAGGAUAACGUUGUCGCAUUGACAUACGAUGAUGGCCCGUCCGAAUAUACAUCUCUGUUGUUAGAUACCUUGAAGACUUACGGAUUCAAGGCCACCUUCUUCAUCACCGGCAACAAUAACGGCAAGGGAGCUAUUGACACAACCGCGCCUUACCCCGACUUGAUUAAGAGAAUGAUUGCCGAGGGACAUCAAGUCGCGUCUCAUACCUGGUCUCACUACUCGUUGUCGAACAUUACACACGACCUUCGUAUAUCACAAAUGGUCAAGAACGAGAUGGCCUUGAACAACAUCAUUGGCAAAUGGCCAACGUAUAUGAGACCACCAUACUCGGACUGUACACAAGCAUCUGGGUGCUGGGCUGAUUUACAAGCCCUUGGUUACCACCGUGUCUACUUCGAUCUUGACACCCAGGAUUACCUCAACCCGCUACCAUCGCAGAUUCAGAAUUCCAAGAACAUUGUUAAGCAACGGCUUGCAGACCAGACUGCUACCGACUUUUUGUCAAUCCAGCACGAUAUCGUGCAGCAGUCGGUUGCGAAUUUGUCAUCAUACUACUUCGACUUGAUCAAAGCAAAGCAGUGGACCGGUGUUACUGUUGGCGAGUGUCUUGGCGACGAUGAGGCCAACUGGUACAGAUCUCUCGACGCCUCGUCCUCAACCGUUGCAGGAACAUCAACAGCUACCUCAACCGUCAAAGCAACAUCUACGUCCAUCAAAACCUCCGUGGUACCAACCACCACCAAACCAGCAACUGUAACCCCCAAGCCAACGACUACUCAAGCAGCUACAACUGCUAAGCCAACAUCUACGAAAGCUCCUACGCCAGCACCAACUUGUGCCGUCAAAGCCGGUUCUUGGUGUGGAACUAUCGAUGAAUUCGAUGACAAGAACAGCUGUAACUCAGCCAAGAAAGAUUGUUUGUCUGAUUUCCUUGGCUGUGUCAAGACAGCCGGUAUCUUCAAUUUGGCCUCAUGUACUAAGUACAAUGCCAUUUGUUUGAAGUUGACCGCUUAUUGCUUGAAGUGCUCUUGGGGGGCUUGCAAUAACGCUGACUUUGGAUACUAA